AUGGGACUUCAUCACAGAAAACUCCUAACAUGUGAAUUCUUGUGUCAUGAUGUAGACUCUUGUUCCACAGACUGUGAUGCCUGUAUCAACGACUGCUACCACCCUCCACCACCACCAUCUAACCACACCAAACACAAAACCUCAACUUACUUGAUCAUAAGUUUUUCUAUUGUAGCAGCUAUUUUCAUUGUUCUGUGCUGCUAUGCUAUCUAUGUCAAGUUUUUCUCCCGUAGGAACAGUUCAAGAAGGAGAACCUUGUUAACAAGGCAACAAACGGAACAUGGUUUUGCCGUUGAUGAACAACAUGAUGAUGGUUCUGUUGUUGACCAUCCCAUAUGGUAUAUUCGAACUCCUGGUCUUCAACAAGCAGUUAUUAAUGCAAUCACUGUUGUUAAGUUUAAGAAAGGUGAAGGCUUGAUUGAUGGGUCAGAUUGUUCUGUUUGUUUGAGUGAGUUUGAGGAAGAUGAGAAUCUUAGACUUUUGCCUAAGUGUAACCAUGCUUUUCAUUUACCAUGUAUUGAUACAUGGCUUGGAUCACACACUAGCUGUCCUAUGUGUAGAGCUCCUAUUGUUGUUGAUCCUUUAAGGAUUCCUUCUAUGGAGCCUAAUGUUUUUGUCGAAAGUUCUCGGAUCCGAGAUUCGGAAAAUAAUGGUGGAAAUGGAAAUGGAAUUGAAGAUAGUGUUGUUGGUGAUCAAUUGAGAAAUGGUGAAGAAGAAGAAGAAGAAGAAGCAAGGGAAGAGGUUGAGGAAAAUGAGAGUUCAAGAUUAGAGAUGGUAAAUGUGCAGCCUAGAAGAUCAGUUUCUUUUGAUUCUUCUUCUGCUGCUAAGAUCAAUCUUGCUCUUUCCAAUAAGCAAGAGGUAGGUGAAGUCAAUGAACAAAUUAUUUCAAAAAGGGUUGGUGAAAUUGGCAAUAUGGUAAAUAUACAUAGUGCUCCUAGUUCAAUGGAUAGGUCAAGAUCCUUCAAUGGAAAACACCUACUAUCUUUGUAUAGCAGCAAUCAGAAGAAGUUAAAUGUUCCACCUAGAAGCUUUUGA